AGUAAACAAAGAGCACAUCGCGGUUCUGCACUGUACCUGACAUGUGUGAGGUUAUGUGUUUAUUGCCUUUGUUAAAUGUUCUGUAGUUUUGUUUGAAAUAUAUAUAUAUAUAAAGAUUAUUAUAUUGUCAUUAUCUCAUUUGUGGAUUCUGACUUGUUUGCAUUACUCGACAAAUACAUAAUUAGUUUAUUCUUUAGCUUGCUGAACAUGUAGCUUUAGCAUUACUAGCAUAGAAGCAGUUCUUUCUUAAUCUGUUUGAGUGUCUUAUAUCAUUCUGAACGAACAUAGACAUUAACAUUUGGAGGAAAACAGUACAGUUUCGAUCUCAAACCCAUAUAAACUAAUUAUUUUACAAACGACGUUAAAUAUUCGUUUAAGUAUCAGAAAUGAACGGGCAAGCUGAAGUAGAGGUGGAUUACAAGAGAAAAUACAAAAAUCUCAAACGCAAAUUAAAGUUUCUGGUAUAUGAGCAAGAGUGUUUUCAGGAAGAGCUGAGAAGAGCUCAGAGGAAACUAUUAAAAGUUUCUAGAGACAAAAGUUUUCUGUUGGACAGACUUUUGCAGUAUGAACGGGUGGAUGAAGAGUCUUCCGAUUCUGAUGCAACUGUUUCCUCCGACAGUGAUGGAGAAGGAGCCAGAGAGAGAGACAGGGAAGCAGGGAAGAAAAGGAGGAGUCCUGGGGUUCCUCCCGUCCCGUCGUCCUCAUCUCCUCACCUCUCACUCCUGUCCCGCUCUGGUACGGUUCCUCUCCAGUCAUCUGCUCCGGCACAGUAUCUCAACACUUUACCCUUCCCUCCUGAGUAUUUGGCUCCCUCUGCUGAGCGAGUGAAGAAAGAGAGAAAAACAAAACUGGCCAAACACAGGAAAGACGGUUCAGGGAAGGUGGUUGGCCCACUCACGUCCAGUUACCCUGCAGGCAGUGGUGCAGCUGGGGGUGCGAGUGGGCCGUUCAGCUGGGUACCACAGCAGAUGCUGAGUGAGGAUGCAGCCGAGGAGGAGGGGGAUAGUGAAGGAGAGAGUGACCGCGGAGAGGAGGAGAGGGGAGAGGGGGAUGAGGCAGAGCUGGUUAUUGACAUACCCAAUGAGUGAAGGUGCCAAAAGAAACUGCAAGCAAAACACUUUUCAAAAUCAUUCGUGUUUAAUGUAUUUUUAAUGUCCUUUUUAUUAAAUAUUUAAAAUGUUCUCCUGUGUGUCUA